GGGAGCCAAAGGGAGGAUCCAGCUGCAGAGUGGGCAGGGGCUCAGGGAGCAGCACAUCCUCCAGCGCCUGCUGGCACGGUGCAGAGGGAGGAGCGCUCCAGCUGGAAGAGUUGGGAGGCUCUGCUGACUGCCUGCAGCACAGUCUGGAAGGAGGAGUGGGAAUCUCCUGGUCACUAGUUUGGACUCGGCAGCCUGAAGCAGAUGAGGAGAGAGGUUCGUAAGCGCAGAAGCACCAAUGGAGACGUCUCCAGCUCAUCCCAGGACCCUCAGCCCUCCAAGGUGGGACAUGGCUCUGAUGCCCAGCCCAGCAGCGGUGCUCAGCAUGCUUCAGGUAAGCUUUAUGAAGAAGAAGAGGAUGAUGCCCUGCCAGACUCAGAUGCCCUGCCGGACUCGGAUGACGAGGUGGAACUGGAUAAGCCGCGCCCCAUACAGAUUGUCCUUGCUCAUGAAGAUGACCAUAACUUUGAAUUAGAUGAAUCAGCAUUGGAAAAAAUCUUGCUUCAGGAACAUAUUAAAGAUCUUAACAUAGUAGUUGUGUCUGUAGCAGGAGCUUUCCGCAAAGGAAAAUCUUUUUUGCUGGACUUCAUGCUUAGAUACAUGUAUAACAGGACUUCUCCUUGCUGGAUAGGUGGAAACACCGAGCCAUUGACUGGGUUUACAUGGAGAGGUGGAUGUGAACGGGAAACCACUGGCAUUCAGAUUUGGAGUGAAGUGUUUGUAAUUGAAAAACCUAAUGGAACAAAGGUUGCUGUACUACUCAUGGAUACCCAAGGUGCCUUUGAUAGCCAAUCCACUAUCAAAGACUGUGCAACAGUUUUUGCCCUGAGCACCAUGACGAGCUCUGUCCAGGUAUACAACUUGUCUCAGAAUAUUCAGGAAGAUGACCUUCAACACUUGCAGUUGUUUACAGAAUAUGGAAGACUAGCUAUGGAAGAAAUCUACCAAAAGCCGUUUCAGACAUUAAUGUUUUUAAUUAGAGACUGGAGUUAUCCUUAUGAACAUGCAUAUGGCUUGGAAGGAGGAAAAAAGUUCCUAGAGAAAAGAUUGCAGGUAAAGCAAAACCAACAUGAAGAGCUACAGAAUGUAAGGAAGCAUAUUCACUCCUGUUUCAGUAAUCUUGGGUGUUUCCUGUUGCCCCACCCUGGUCUUAAAGUUGCAACAAAUCCAAAUUUUGAUGGGAGAUUGAAUGAUAUAGAUGAGGAUUUUAAGAAUGAACUGCGGAAUUUGAUACCGUUACUGCUUGCCCCUGAAAACUUGGUAGAAAAAGAGAUUAGUGGAUCCAAGGUGACCUGUAGAGAUCUUGUAGAAUACUUCAAGGCUUACAUUAAAAUCUAUCAAGGAGAGGAGCUACCUCAUCCGAAAUCUAUGCUGCAGGCAACAGCUGAGGCGAACAAUCUUGCUGCUGUGGCAGGAGCAAAGGACUUGUACAGCAAAGGCAUGGAGCAGGUGUGUGGGGGAGAUAAGCCUUACAUUGCCCCGUCGGACCUCGAGCAGAAGCACCAGGAUUUCCGAGAGAGCGCCAUCCGGCAGUUCCGCUCCGUCAAGAAGAUGGGAGGGGAGGAGUUCUGCCGGCGCUACCAGGAGCAACUGGAAGUGGAAAUCGAAGAGAUCUAUGCAAACUUUGUGAAGCACAACGAUGGCAAAAACAUCUUUUAUGCUGCUCGUACCCCUGCCACUCUAUUUGCAGUCAUGUUUGCCAUGUACAUAAUCUCAGGACUGACUGGGUUCCUUGGCAUGAACUCCAUAGCUGCCCUGUGUAAUCUCGUGCUGGGGAUGGCUCUUAUAUCGUUUUGUACUUGGGCAUACGUUAAGUACUCUGGGGAAUUCAGAGAAGUUGGAACAGCCAUUGAUCAGAUCGCUGAAGCUAUAUGGGAACAGAGGAAUCCCAGGAAGGUGUUUUCCAAACUCUUUGAAGUCCUUAGACGCCGAACCGUUCGUCGUGCUCUUACAUCAGUGCCGCGACAGCGACUCUCAUCCAACAAUAACAAGAAGAAAAACUAGCCAGUAUUUUUAACUUUCUUUCUGUAUCUGAAGUGUUCACACUUACACAUAUAGGACAAUAAGCUGGACCGUCUGGGCCGGUCUGCAUAAAUGCUGUAACCAUACCAGACUGAUGCUGCAUAUGGGGUAUGGAAUUGCACAUCCAUCUUCUAGGAACUGUAAAGUGGUUUGAAUUCAGUGAAAUACUGCUGUGUAGGAGGGGUAUCACUUGUGUCCAUAGCAUGUGACUGCUUUAACCUCAUUACUCUAGCAGCAAAAUUCAUUUCUCUUUCAGUUCAUUCCUCUUUGUGUCAGACUUCAUCAUUCUAAGUUUUUUCAUGAUUUCAAGUCUCAUCUCUUUAUAUGAUUUUAUAUCUUAUUUUCCUUUGUUCCCUCAUUUUCUUGUUUCUUUUGCACAUUUCUCAUUCCACAGGUGUUGAAGCCCAUGAGUGAUAAUUUGAUGGAGGAUCAUAUGAGGCAGUCUGUAAAAAACUCUAUCAAAGCAGGCCUGACCGAGCAGGUGGCUCACCAUGCCAGACUAAAGACAGACUGACAGUUCGUCUCCUCUUCAACUCUGCCCUUUCAUCCUAGACAUGCUUGCUGUACCAUGAGAACUCUAUAAUAAUAAAAAAUAAAUAAAAAUAAACCAAAGUUUACAAUCAACUGUAGAA